AUGAAAUUCGGACUUUUCUAUCAGAUCCAGGUGCCCAAGCCUUGGGACGAGCAGAGCGAGGCGAGGCGCAUCUGGGAGGCCUUGGACCAGAUCGCAUUCGCCGAGGAAAUGGGAUAUGACAGCGUCUGGUUUUCCGAGCACCAUUUCCGCCCGGUCUGGUCGCACAACAGCGCCCCCGACCUGACUCUGGCGGCGGUCACCCAGCGCACCUCCAGAAUCCGCAUGGGCAUCGGCGUCGUGCUGGCUCCCAUUCACCACCCGCUGCACACAGCGGCCCGCAUGGCCACACUCGACAUCCUCAGCAAGGGGCGAGUUGAUGUGGGCCUUGGGCGUACUGGCUACCCUUACCAGCUUACCCCCUACGGCACCACCUUGGAGGACACGCGGGGGAUGUGGGAGGAAUUCGCCCAGGUACUUCCCCGCAUCUGGACCGAGGAAGAAGUCAGCCAUGACGGGGAGUUCUUCCACAUUCCACCAAGGAAUGGCGGCCCCGACCGGGUGGCCGGCACGUUGGAGCUGUACCAAAAGAGCCUGAACGGGGCUCACGGCCCGACGAUCAACAGCCAAAACGCGUUGAUGACCGCAGGGUUCUGCCACGAGGACGCCAAGGUCGCCAAGUCUCGCGGUACCGAGCUGAUCAGCUGGUACCUGGACCAGCAAAGGGAACGAGCGCGGCUGGUCUGGCGAGGAGUGGAUCCUGCAUCGGUGCCGCCCGACUACCAGGGCUACUACGAGCGGGACAUGCGCCUGGCCGCCGGUCCCCAUGAAGGCGACCCCACGCCGUCGGAGGUUGUAGACCGCGGCGCAAAUUUCUGCGUCGGCACGCCUGAUGACUGUAUACGGUUCGUUGAGAACUACGAGGCCAUGGGCAUCGAGCAGAUCUUCUGCCUCAGCGCAAUCGGUCCGGCCACCAACGAAGAAACCAUGAACACGCUGCGCAUGUUUGGCAAGCACGUAAUUCCCCAUUUCAAGGCCAAGGAAAAGGCCGCUUAG